GUGUGAAGUGAGAAAGGAAGGAAGAGGAUAAGGUGGAAUUCGAAAGGUGCCCUUCGGACGAGGUCAGACAGACCUGCAAACAUGAACCCCGUCGCUUGUCAUCGUCUUCAAGCGAGCGCCGCCACCCCUCCCUUCGCAUCCCGCUGCCGAGCAGCGCCCCAGACCCCUCGCUCCGUCUCUCGUCUUCCUCCUCGUGCGAGCGCCUCCACCGCAGGUAAUAGGAUAAAUGUACAAGGUGCAUUUUUUUUGCGAUGCUCCACUUGGAAAAAAGCUAGCAAUAGACCCUUCCGUGUGUACAGCUUAUUUGGAGGAAAGAAGGAGAAAGAUGAGAAUGGUGACGAGGCACCAUCAAAAGGAGGAAUCUUUGGAAAUAUUGGAAAUAUGCAAAACCUCUACGAAACUGUGAAGAAGGCUCAAAUGGUUGUCCAGGUGGAGGCUGUGCGGGUGCAAAAGGAGCUUGCAGCGACUGAGAUUGAGGGCUAUUGUGAAGGUGAACUAAUCAAGGUUACACUUUCUGGAAACCAGCAACCCAUAAAUGUUGAAAUCACGGAAGCUGCUAUGGAGUUGGGCGCUGAAAAAGUCUCUGAGUUGGUCAAUGAAGCCUACAAGGAUGCACAUCAGAGGAGCGUUCAGGCAAUGAAGGAGAGGAUGGCCGAUUUGGCACAGAGCAUAGGAAUGCCCGCGGGCCUCGGCGACGGUCUCAAGUGAUGGUCUGCAGCCUGCAUACUUCGCAAUAAUGAAAGAAGCAUCUCUCAAUUUUGUAUUCUAGCUGUAUUGAGUCAUCAGUUAAUCCUCUUCGUGACAUCCGUUAGUUGUGCAGUUGUGCAAGAACUGUAAUUGUGAACACUUGUUUCCUUGAUCAUGGGCAGAUCAUAGUUACAACAUUCGAACUAGCGUGUUGUUCUGUACCAAAAGAUGCUGCUUUUGUGCUCUCUGGAAAUAUUUGUAAACAAAUUACUGCAUAGCGGAAUCUGUUACGGAGUAUUCUGAUUAGUUUGCUA